ACCCCAAUAAUAGCUGUGUGAGGGUGACUGGGAGCAGAGGAGGAGCUGGGGGAGAGAGAGAAAAGGAACCUAUGACGGGCUUCUCAUUCUCUUCUUAAUUUAUUUUCACUCAUCUAAGCGAGCAAUGCUGGCACCUAAGAAAAUGGUCCGAGGAAAUGCCACCUUGGUGAGCGAAUUUAUCCUUUUAGGAUUAACGGAUCGUCCAGAGCUUCAGCCCGUCCUCUUCGUGCUGUUCCUGGUGAUCUACCUGAUCACGGUUGGGGGGAACCUUGGCAUGCUGGUGCUGAUCAGGAUAGAUUCAGGCCUCCACACCCCUAUGUACUUCUUUCUUGCCAGCCUGUCCUGCUUGGACUUGUGCUAUUCCACCAACGUGACUCCUAAGAUGCUGGCCAACUUCUUAUCAGAGAAGAAAACCAUUUCCUACGCGGCUUGCUUAGCCCAGUGUUAUUUUUUCAUUGCCAUGGUCAUCACUGAAUAUCACAUGCUGGCUGUGAUGGCCUAUGACAGGUACACGGCCAUCUGCAGCCCUUUGCUUUACAGCAGCAGGAUGUCCAGAGGCGUGUGCAUCCGCCUGAUUGCUGGUCCCUAUGCCUAUGGCUUCCUUAGUGGCCUGAUGGAGACCCUGUGGACACACCGCUUGACCUUCUGCGGCUCCAACGUCAUCAAUCACUUCUACUGCGCCGACCCGCCCCUCAUCCGCCUCUCCUGCUCCGACACGUUCAUCAAGGAGACAUCCAUGUUUGUGGUGGCGGGGCUUAACCUCUCCAGCUCCCUCCUCAUCAUCGGCGUCUCCUACACCUUCAUCCUCGCCGCCACCCUGAGGAUACGCUCUGCCCAGGGCAGGCAGAAGGCCUUCUCCACCUGUGGGGCCCACCUGGUGGCAGUGACCGUGUUUUACGGGACCCUGUUCUGCAUGUACGUCAGGCCCCCCACGGACCAGUCAGUGGAGGAGUCCAAAAUCGUCGCCGUGUUCUACACGUUUGUGAGCCCCAUGUUGAACCCCAUCAUCUACAGCCUGCGGAACAAAGAUGUGAAGCGAGAUCUGUGGAAACUGAUGCGAAGGAAUGUGCUUUUGAAGUAA